AUGGCGCGAGAGAGUCCCUGUUGCAGCUUGGUAACCCCUUGGAUAGUGCCUUCAAAGCCAAGCGCGGGAUCCCCGUUGCGCUUUCUGGAUGCAGAAGACAUAGCUCUUGGUCCCUUGGUCCCUGUCAUGGCUUUCUCAAAUGGAACUCUAGUCCACCCAGCCUAUUUCCUACUGGUGGGAAUCCCUGGUGUGGGGCCUGAUGUACACUUUUGGCUGGCUUUCCCACUGUGUYUUAUGUAUGCCUUGGCUACUCUGGGCAACCUGACCAUCAUCCUCAUCAUUCGCAUGGAGAGGCGUCUGCAUCAGCCCAUGUAUCUCUUCCUGGCCAUGCUUUCCACCAUUGACCUUGUCCUCUCCUCUGUCACCAUGCCCAAGAUGACCAUCCUUUUCCUGAUGGGCAUUCAGGAGAUUGAGUUCAGUGUUUGCCUGGCCCAGAUGUUUCUUAUCCAUGCUCUUUCAGCCAUGGAGUCAGCUGUCUUGCUGGCCAUGGCUUUUGACCGCUUUGUGGCCAUCUGUCACCCAUUGCGACAUGCUUCUGUGCUGACAGGGCCUGCUGUGGCCAAGAUUGGACUAGCUGCCCUAACCAGGGGAUUUGUUUUCUUCUUCCCACUGCCCUUCAUCCUGAAGCGGUUGUCAUACUGCAGAACGCAUACUGUYACACACUCCUUCUGUCUGCACCAAGAUAUUAUGAAGCUGUCCUGUACUGACACUACCGUCAAUGUGGUUUAUGGACUCUUCAUCAUCCUUUCAGUCAUGGGUGUGGACUCCCUCUUCAUUGGCUUCUCCUACAUCCUCAUUCUGCGGGCUGUGUUGGAGCUGUCCUCUCAAGGGGCAGCACUCAAGGCUUUCAACACCUGUGUCUCCCAUCUCUGUGCUGUCCUGGUCUUCUAUGUGCCCCUCAUUGGGCUCUCAGUGGUUCACAGGCUGGGUGGUCCCACCACCCUACUUCAUGUGGUUAUGGCUAAUAUCUAUCUACUGCUACCACCCGUAGUCAACCCCAUUGUCUAUGGAGCCAAGACCAAGGAGAUCCGUUCAAGGGUCGUCCACAUGUUCUCACAAGGUGGCAGAUGA